AUGGAAGUGUUACGAAAAGAAAGGAGUAUAGCCAGGAGGCUCUUUUCAACCGCGAGAAACGAAAUAGAAUCUCAUUUAGAGUCAACCAAUAUCGACAAUUUCACCGCGGCCUUUAACAAGCUCCAGCUUCGAGCCGAUUCCUUGUUCAACGUUGACCAACGUAUAAAAGAACAAUGGCUAAAAACGGACGAGAUGACUGAAGAUGAAAUUUAUAAAGAUUGCAUGACCAGCGAUAAGUAUCAAAGCGACUGGGAGCGUAUAAAAGUCAUGUACGACAACGUUUCUUGGAAGAACGAACGCAAGAGGAGGUCUCGCAAGUCUAGCGGCAGCGAUGUGUCGAAUAAUACAGACAAAUCUCAUCAAAGUUGUGAGAAGUCAGCAUGCAGUUCUGCAUGUCAUUCAAGACGAUUCCGUCUACCGAAAUUUGAGUUACGGAAGUUCGACGGCAAUACGAAAAAUUGGAUUGGUUUUUGGUGUCAAUUUCAGAAAAUCAACGACGACGAAUCAAUAGACGACGGAGAUAAGUUUCAGUACCUAUAUCAGUGCACUGUUCCAGAUACUCCAGCGCGAGAGAUCGUCGAGAGCUUUCCGCCAUCGGGAGCUAACUAUAAGAAGGCUCUUGAGCAAUUGAAGUCCAGGUUUGCACGUGACGAAAUGUUGAUCGACAUUUAUGUGCGUGAACUGCUUAAUAUUGUAUUAGCACAGGCAAAAGUUGAGUCCGCCUUGCCCGAAUCUGUUUUACGAGCAUGGCAAAGGUCACAUGUACUCGAGGAGAAGAGCGACGAUAAUCUGAACCGGCUUAUGCAGUUCCUGAAACGCGAAGUGGAGUCGGAGGAGCGGAUCCAGCUCGCGCGCAGUGGUAUAGCAUCGGGUGACAGUUUGCAUAGCGUUUCUACUCAGCCCACCGCGGCAUGCUUGAUGUUAACGGAAGACGCAGGUAAGAAGAUUUGUUGCGUUUGGUGUGAAAAGGCAUCGCAUAGCAGCUUCGAGUGCUACAAAGCUAACAAGAUGUCGUAUAAAGGUAGGAAGGAUGUGCUAAAUAAAAAAGGAACAUGCUUUAUUUGUUUAAAAACGGGACAUAAUUCGAAAAGAUGCAAAAAUUUCACAAAAUGCCUUUUCUGCUCCAAACGUCAUUCUGUAUUGAUGUGCCCUGACAUUGAAACGUCAAGGCAAACUGAAAAUGAAAAAACUUCAAAUGUCGGAACGUCAAACUUAAAUAAUAACGUAACUCAAUAUAAGGCUACAAGCUUGGAUAAGAAGUUUCAAUGUACAAUGACCGCGCGAGACAAGUCUAAGCUCUGCGGGUACGUUCCUCGUUUAAAUGUAGAUCAUGAGAUGUUUAAAGAGUUACAGAAACAUAAUAUCACACUGAGCGACGUCGGCGAUGCGGCCGCACCUGAUAUCGGGCUGUUGAUCGGCGCAGACCACGCAGGCGUGUUGCUCACGGAGAGUUUCGUGGAACUGAACAAUAACCUCGUGGCAAUAAAAACUAAAUUUGGAUGGACGCUUCAAGGACCUAUCAUGAACACAUGCAGUGUCUUAAUGAACGUAAUAUUCGAUAAUGAAUCCAACUUAAAAGUUGAUGAACGAGAAGUUAACAUAGAAACUAAGAAAGUAGUGCUCGCUAACAACACUGCAUAUUAUAGUAUGUUUCUACGAAUAUUUACAAUUAUUUACUUCUCUAAAUACAUUAUAGACCUAGCCAGUGCUCUUUUUCUGCGGUCCGGAGGGAUGAUAUGGAAAAUUUUAGUCACGUGUUCAGUUUACCGAGCCGUGCAUCUGACUAAAUCACUGAAGAUCUUUCUCAUGACCCUAAGAAGACUUAUCGCAAGACGUGGAAGACUUGACACAAUACACACGGAUAAUGAUACUGACUUCCACGGAGCUUAUAUUAACUUUCUGAAGACUUUCAACGUGAGGAACUUUAAGUGGAAAUUCAGUCCUCCUGCAGCGCCAUGGUGGGAGCGCCUCAUACGCUCUAUGAAGGACCUUAUGAAAAGAAACUUACCUUACCAGUGCGACCGUAAUUCUCUCAGCAGACGCCGUGGGUAUCUUCGUAAGUUGAUGGAAGAUUUAAAAAGGUUAAGAAACGAGUACUACAUGGAGAUGCUCGUCCAGAAGGGCAAGGAGAGGGACUCGCAUUUAAGGGUAGGUAAUGUAGCUUUAAUAGAUACAGACUCCAAGCUUAUUAAGUGGCCUUUAGGGAGGAUUAUAGGAACUUUUCCAGGCGAGAUCUAA